CGUACUCCCUUGAGUUCACUAGGGUUUUGAUGAUGUCCGUUACAGUUCACUUCCACAUAAGAAAACCAGAAACCGUUUCUUUCGCUUCUCUUCUAAACAAAACUAAGAUUCUAGGGUUUACGAAGAGGGAUCUGUCUUGGGUUAGAAGAAAGGGUGCAGAUGAGGUUUGAGGUACUUGAGUCGAGGUUUAAGGAACUGGAGUCGGAGAAGUUAGUGUUGGAAGAAGAGGUGAGGAAACUGAAAGAGUCUGAUGAUGAUUCGUUGGUUGAGCAGAUGAUGGUGAACAAAGCGUUGGAGUUUGAGAAACAGGUUGCUGAGGGAAGAGCAGAUGAAUGGAAGAGAAAGUUUGAGAAGCUCGCGGAGACGGUUAGGAAGCUAGAUGAACUCGGUGCGUUUAGGGUUGGGGAAGUGGAGUUAGAUGAGGAUGUGAAGGUAGGGUUGGAGUUAGCUGGUUUAGGAAAGAAAAAGAUCGAGUCGUUGUGUAGGGAAGGGUUAGUUAAUCAUCAUGUUUCAGGCUGUACUACACCUUGUGUUACCACACCGGUUAAAGAUUAUAUGUCAGGGAGAAACAGAGAUGAUGCGUCUACUCGUAGACGGGUUAAUAAGAUGUUGGUGUUUGAAGGUGAUGGUGGCAAAUCCACCGAUGUAGUUGAUCUAUCUGAUAGUGAAACAGAGGAGAGAAGUGUUGGUGAGGAGGAAUGCGAAGAUGAAGAUGUGGAAGCUUGUGAAGGUAACACAAACGCUCGUAAGAGGAAACGGGUUAUCACGAGUGAUUCAGAGAAUGAUGAUGAUGAUGAUGAUAACAUACCGAUUGCAACACUCAAGAACCUGAAACAACCACCACAGAAACAUGAGGUUGAUGCACCUAGCGCGGGAGAUAAUAAUGUCUCUGGAGGGUCGAGGAGGCAGCGUCGAGUGUCCUCAAGGCUGAGAAAACAGAGACGACCUCUAGAAGAGAUCGAAGGACAUCGAACAGAGAGACUUGUGGGAAUCCCGAUAACUGGUAAUGCUCACGAUGAUGAUGAUACGGAAGAAGAAGAGUCAGAGCGGGAGAGCGAGGGAGAGAGUUUGAAUGGGUUUAUAGUUGAUGAUGAUGAGUCUGCGAGUGAGGAGGGAUCUGAUGGUGCCGUACCGGAGGAGGAGGAGGAGGAGGGAUCUGAUGGAGAAACCGGUUAUGCUGACGUCAUGGCAAGACUAAGGAGGGACAAGAAACCCGGGGAACAUAAAUGGGACCUCGAGGGAGAGAUGCUGGCAGCGUUCGGGAAAGACCCCGAGCUUUGUAUGAGAGCGGUUUGCGUUCUGUACAGGUUUCAAACAGAAGGCGAGAAGGCAACACGUUCAAGUCACGUCGCUAACGGUCGCGGUUUCAGCAUGGCUGACGCCGACAGGGGCACUCGCAUAGGGCAGUUUCUGACGGAUGGAGAUCCCGAGGGUGAUUUGAAGAAAUCGGUUGAGGAGUUGCGGAGGUUCGAGUGUAACGCGGUUGAGAUUUGUAGUGAUUUAGCAAGACAUUACUCGAAGCAGCUGUUCGAGAUUUAUAACAACAGAGAAGAUCCAUUCUUCGCUGCUCCUCCAUCUCCAUGAGUUUUGGUGAGCAUGUUCGUUAUGGUAGUAUAAUAACGCAGUAGCUAGCUCUUAAGGUUUGAUUUUCUUGUAAAUUUUAAACCUGUUUGAGAUUAAUCUAAUGUAAUUAGAGCCUGCAUUCGCUUUUUGUGUAAAUGGAAGGGGAUGAUUUGGACGAUAAUCAUGCUGAAGAGAUGUUAAUUUCGGUUAAGUCCUAAACCGGGUUAUUACAAGCUCUGAACCGGGUUAUUACAAGCUCUAAACCGGAUUAUUAUUAGCUCUAAACCAGAUUAUUAUUAGCUAUAAACCGGCUUAUUACAAAGCAUCAGGAAAGAUUGAGAGAAACAGGCUGGAGAUUUUUUUAAAUUUUAAUUUGAUCCUUCUCUCACACAGCUUAGAAACAGAACAUUAUUAACCGUUUUCUCGUUAAACCUCUAAUUU